AUGGCCAUCCUCAACUCCAACCCAGAGAUUCUAUUACGUAAACGUAAAAAUGCUGAUCGUAAAAGAUUAGAGAAACAGGAGCAAAUCAAGGAAAAAAUCGCUGCUUCCAAGAAGGCCAAAUUACAACAAAAGAAUAAAUUCAUUAGAGCAGAAACUUUACUAAGUAAUCACAAGUCCAAUGAAAUUGAACGCAAGAGGAUCAAGAAGGUGUCGAAAAAGAUCAAUAAUAGUAAUUUGCCAACUUCAAUAAGCAACAGUGGAACUACCACCAAUAACGAAGUUCAAGAUCAAGGAGAAUACAAGUUAUUAUUUGUCAUCAGAAUACCUAACCAUACAAAGGGACUAAAAAUCCCCAAAAAGGCAUACCAAAUCUUGCAAGUGUUGAAGUUGAUUGAAUCUAAUACCGGUGUAUUUGUUAAAGCUAAUGAAUCGACCAUCAAAUUAUUAGGAUUAAUUGCCCCAUACGUCAUCAUUGGACAACCAUCAAUUUCAUCAAUACGUAAACUAUUUCAAAAAAGAGCUCGUAUAAUGGUUGACGAAACCGAUGCCGAAACUGGCGAGAUUCAAUCAAAGGUGGUUAAAUUGGACAAUAAUCAAGUAGUUGAAGACAAAUUUGAAGAAUUGGGGCUUAUUUGCAUUGAAGAUUUGAUUUAUGAAUUGAUAAAUUUGAGCGACAAUUUUAUUGCCAUCACUUCAUGGUUGUUGCCGUUUAAAUUGAAUGCGCCGGUUAAUGGAUGGGGACCACAAGCUAAAUUGGCGAGAUUGCAAUAUGCAAACGAUCAUAAAGUGGAAGUGUCAUUGGCUCAAGAUUACAAGUUGAAGGAAGUUGAAGAUUUUGAUUCUAUUAUUGAUCAGCAAAAUUAG